GUCACGUGUGGGCGGAGUCGUCCGCCCUCGUCCGCUGACGUCGGCGAUCCGCGCCCGCUGCCUCUGCCCUCGUCUCCAUCCCGUCGCUGCAUUCCCACCGCAUCCAGCCGCAUCCCACCGCUCGCCAGCAAUGUAUAUCCUGCGACCCAGAAAAGCCCCUCGUCUGGCCGUCCCAGAGGCCUCUGUGUCGUCAGCGCCCGAGACGCCCCCUUCGGCCCUGCCUCUGGCUCCUCCCGAAGCCCAGCCAGCUGCCCUUGUCUCUUUUCCGCUGCUUGCCUCGUCGCCAUGGCGGACAUGGCUCGUCGACCUUCCGCCCGAGGUCCUGGAGCUUAUCUUUGUCUAUACCGACAAUCCCUUGGCUCUCUCGCGGUCCUGCUGGAGCCUCCAGCGCAUUUCCAAAUCAGCUAUCGUCCGUGCAAAGUGGCUCAUCCGCAAAUACGGUGCCAGGGCCGCCUUCGAGGCCGGCUGCCGUUGGAUGGGACUCUGGAGCAUCGAGCUCAUGGAAUACCUAUUCCAAAACACACCAAAACUCCCCAGAUAUGUCAUCCAGCGGGCUUUUACUCGGUUCCAGAAGAAGAAUUGCCCCUGGCUGAUUGCCCAUCUGCUUGUCCAUGGCUUGCGGCUCUACAGCGACUUGUCCCUCGAUAAGUCCGACGUUCAGACCUUCAUGGAACUGGCUGCAUGCGAGCCACAUGCGCAUAUCCUCGGAACGAUGUCUCAUUCGGCUCGAAAGCUCGAGGCCAUCAAGAGCCUCGUUAGUGACUAUGGCUUUGAUGUGAACUUUAUGAAGUGGACUUUGGGACAGUCGCCCAUACCGGUCCCCCAAAUCAAAGAAGGCUACCGGGCGCUUCUGUGUGCCGUUUCCUCCAAGAAUACGCCCUUGGUGAAGACGCUCCUGGAAUGCAAUGCCAUGACUCAUGUGCCUCUGGCGCUCGGCGCGCUGAAAGUCCACAACCGCACGGCUUCCGAGAUGAUUUUGAGCCAGCUUCACCAGACCAUUAGCCUCGGUCUCUGGAACUGGACCGACCGCGUGAUCGAUAAUAGCCCCCUCCAGCUGAGCCAAUCCGAAUGGGCCAAAGGAUUCUUCCCUGUCGAUCUACGCCACUAUCUUACCUGUUCGGCUGAUGCCGUUCUGAUUGCAGCCAAGACCCACAAUCAAGAGAUCAUGCGAAUGCUUCUCGAUCAUGACUUGGAUCGCUGGGAAACAAGCCACGGAGUGCAGGUGCUCAAGAGUGUGCUGCAAUUUUGCAUCGAUGAUGGGUACAAUGACGGCAUUCAGCUUCUUCAGAACUACAUCACCACGAAGAAAAUCGGCCACAUGCAGAGAUCGCCGUUUGCCCUGCGCCGUGCCCUCAUCGAGGCAUGCAUAUCAUCGAAUUUGGAAAGCGUCGCGACUCUAAUUGACGAGGGUGCCCGCUUCGAAAUCGACGACCGGCGACAAAUAUAUGGGUUUGCCGGCUAUCUCGAUCCACUCAAAAUGAUCAUCACAAGCGAGAAUACGCGACUGCUGUCGUUUUUGAUGCAGAGAUAUAUGUUUAAUGAGGCUUCGCUGCGCCAAAUGCUGGUGCUUGCCAUCGAAGGGAACGUAAUGUCGGCCGUGCGCGUGCUCCUCAACAGCCGUCAAAAGGUUCGGUUCGCGAUCAACGAAAAGGUCUUGCGGCGUACGGUUGUCUCCCAGCGAUAUGAGAUUAUGCCGCUUCUGUUGCGGGAGCUCAAGAAGACAGCACGAGAGACCGGCAGACUCAUUACUGGAUUUGGCUCGGUCCUACGCUUCGCCGAGAGACGCAUGAUCUCAGGAAAGGACGACCCACUAUUUUACGAUGUCCUUGUCGAAUACCAACGCUAUCUGCAAACGUGCGUCGAGAAGAAUCGUCUGAAGAGCCGCGACAAGGCGCACACAAAGCGAUGCUCGACUCCAAAGGCGAGCAGCUCCAGUGCCAAGGGCAAGGGACGAAUGAUCGAAGAUCCAACCGAAGAUGCUCCGCUCUCCCAGCCCUCUCCUGAGGGUCCGGGGUCGUCCUCGAGCUAUGUCGGGCCAGAUGACUGUAUGUCCGGUGCGGCUGCUGGAUCGAGCUCCUCCGAGCCCGUCACGCCUGCUUCUCGGCGCAAGCGCCAGCGUCGAGUCUGGUGGAUGAUGCUCGAGCCCGAAGGCGACGAGACCGCAGGACCUGCAGCAGAGUCCGAUCCCGUCAAUGACAGCAGCAGUAGCAGCCCUGAAUCGAGCCCAGGUAUUCGCACCCGAUCUGGCCGAGUAGUCAUGCCGCCAAAUGACACAUGAGCCUUGACUGAGCCCGGUGGUAGCACUUCUCCACUAUUUGGAGGGAUGCCGCUCACGGCCAGGGACAAGCGUCGGUCGAGCUCAUGAAGAAGCAGCGGACAAGAAUAAGAAUAUGGCACACAAAGACCAA